AUGAAGUUUAGCCAGUUGUUGGUGUUGAUCUGGUCAAUAUCCACCCCGCUCGUGGUGGAGACAUCAGUAAACCUUGCACUGGGUAAACCCACAAGUCAAAGUUCUGAUUUCAACGCAAGGUGGGACAGCUCUAAAGCCGUAGAUGGAUGUUCCACGCAAACUAUAGCUUCCGAUUGCUGUACACACACUGAGAUCGGCGUGACCGAGGUCUGGUGGCAGGUAGAUCUACAACAACAGUCUGUCAUAGAAUCCGUCUAUAUAAUAUACAGAAAUGAGGGCACACUUUACAGACUUGCUGGGUUUGAGAUAUACCUGUCUUACACAUCUGACUGGAGAAAAGGAGUCCGGUGUUAUAAGGAUUAUACUGAUAAUCUGCAGUCCAUGUCAGCGACACAAAACGUUUCAUGUUCAGGAGUCGCUCGCUAUGUAACCAUCUACAACGAUCGUCGGAUGAAGUCGAAGUCGUGGUAUUCGGAUGAUGCCGUUUUGGACCUGUGUGAAGUGAACGUUUACGAAUGUUCACCUGGAUUUUCCGGCACAUACUGUAGAUGUCCACUCAACUGUAAAGAUGCUAGCUGUCCUCUACCCACCGGCUAUUGUACUGAAUGCUUUGAUAGUUUCUAUGGAGAUCGUUGUAAUCUGACUUGUCCGAGUAACUGUUUAACUAAUGUGUGUGCCAGAAGCAAUGGUCAGUGCACAGCGUGUAAACCUGGAUUCUUCGGCACACACUGUAGAUGUCCAGCCAACUGUAGAGAUCAAACCUGCCCUGGCGAUUAUUGUAACGAGUGUGAUAUUGGUUACUAUGGCAUUCGCUGUGAUUUGGUCUGUCCUAAUAACUGUGAUAACAUGGGGUGUAACAGAACCAGUGGUGAAUGCAUAGGAUGUGUUUUGGGCUACUUUGGCAGUACAUGUGACCAAACAUGUCCAUCUAACUGUAAUGACAACCUAUGUGUCCAAGCAAACGGCGUUUGUAUAGGGUGUAAACAAGGGUUUUUUGGAAACACAUGCAACUCCCGCUGCCCUCUACAAUGCAAAGAUAACACCUGCAUCCAGUCUAACGGACAUUGUGAAGAAUGUGAGGCCGGAUUCCAUGGUAGAAACUGUACCAAGAUUUGUCCAAACAGCUGCAGAGAUCACAUAUGUGAACAGGUGGAUGGGCGAUGUACAGAAUGCAAAUUCGGCUUCUUUGGCCACGCAUGGUUAGACAUGUGUGGCUACUGUCAGGAUGAAAAUUGUGACAAGGACACUGGGUCUUGUUUGUCUCCAUUUGCAAAUGGACUUACUGAUGAUAAAUGUGACGUCAGACGUACCUUGGCGAUAAAAAUCUAA